GCUGGGAAGUACCAAGUGCUACAGGAGGGAUGGCAGCCUGCCUGCACCAGGGCUGGCUGCCUGCUCUGCUCACUGCCAUCCUGCUGAGCCGGCACAGCCCCGCCAUGGACAUCGAGCCAGUGACAUCCCAAGAUGCCGCGCUGCUGGCAGAGGUGCCCCAGGACAUCCUCUGCUUCUCCCGCUCCUUCGAGGACCUCACGUGUUUCUGGGAUGAGGAGGAUGCAAGCGCCAUACACCACUGCUACUACUGGUACCGCAGGGAUGCACCCACCAUGUGUGCAGUCACCAGGCAGCGCUGUGGGGGCAGUGGGACGCGGCACAUCUGUGUGUUCCCCAGCCAGGACGUGCGGCUCUUCACCCAGCUCCAUGUCCUUGUGCUGGACGCUGCCACCAACCAGACUAGGCACAGGAGGAAGCUCAGCGUGGAUGCAGUGGGUCUCAUUGCCCCACCGCUGAACAUCAGCGCCCGCUGGGCCGGAGCCACAGGGCAGCUCCGUGUGUCAUGGCAGCCGCCACUUGCCGACUACCCCAACUUCUUCCUCUACGAGCUGUGCUACCACCCCGUGACCCCCGCAGUGACACCCCGUGGCACAGCACCAGCUCAACCUCCCACAGCCAGAGAAGCUGCAUCCUCCCAGGGAGCAGGGCAGGCUCUGGUGCAGGCCGACACGUGGGUGGUUCUCCAGGAGCUGCAGCCUGGGGUGAGGUACCACAUCCAGGUGCGCAGCAAACCUGACGGCACCUCUAUGGAUGGAGUCUGGGGACCAUGGUCGGACGUGGUGGUGGCAGAGACGCCCCACUCUUCUGGGGACAUCGGGCUGCACUGCAGCACUCCUGACCUGCGCUGUGUGCGCUGUGUGUGGAGCUGGGACCCCGCAGAGAAUCACAGCACCCAUGAGCUCUUCUACCGGGCAUCUCCAGGUGGAGCUGGCACGAGGGAGCACACGUGGCAGCAGUGUGAGGACACCAGCGUGGGGACACGGGGCAGCCACUCCUGCACCUUCCAGCCCGUGUCUGGCAGCCCCAUCGCCGUCCUGGUGAACAUCACUCGGCUCCAUGAGCCGCCUGUGCUCAGCUACUUCCAGGAGCCCUUCUGGAUGCACCAGGCCGUGCUCACGGAGGCCCCGCGGCUCGUCCAGGCGACGGCGUCCCAUGGCCGGCUCAGUUUGCAGUGGCUGCCGCCCUUGGAGGCGCUGGCGGAGCAGCUGGAGUACCAGGUCCGCUACACCUCGGACAACGGCACGGACUGGAAGGUGAUGCAGGGCCCGGCACGGGGCGGCCUCAGGUCCGACACGGCCCCAGCUCAGCUCCGCCCGCAGGUGCUGCAGGUCCCGCGGGCGGCCAGGAAGGAGGUGCUGGAGCUGCGGCCCGGUGCCCGCUAUCGCGCCCAGGUGCGGGCUCAGCCCGGCGGGCCGCGGUACCGGGGCAGCUGGAGCGAGUGGUCCCGGCCCGUCGUGGUCGACGUGGCGGCCGAGGCGGGUAAGGGCCGGGCGGGGCCGGGGGGUCCCGGGUGGGACGAGGAGGAUCGUCCCGCUCUGCAGAACCGCCCGUCCGCACCAGGUUGGCUGAUCCCGAGCGUGACGGUGGCGCCGCUGAUCUUCACGGGGGUGCUGCUGGGGCUGCGCUGCACCUUCCCGUCCCUGUACAGCAGCGUGAAGCAGAAGCUGUGGCCGCCCGUCCCCGACCUGCACCGAGCGCUGGGCACGUUCCUGCACGACAGCCCCAAACAGAACCGGCUCGGCGCCUUCUACAAGCAGCCGCCGGAGGACGCGGUGCUGCCCUGCCGGCUCGAGGUGCUGCCCGCACCGCGCCAGAACACCGGGCACCGACCGCAGGAACCCGCCGCCACCCGCCCGGCGUCCAGCACCGACAUCACCAACCACUCCUACCUGCUCAUGGCCGGCUGGGAGCCGCGACGAGAGCAACCGGCCCCUUUUCCCCCUGCCAUAUAAAAUACAGACCAAACAUG